AUGACAUGGGGAAAUGAGACCUACUACUUUGAAUUCAUCCUUUUGGGAAUUUUCAGUCACAGUCCGCCCCACAUCUUCCUCUUCUCUCUUGUCCUGGGGAUCUUCAUAAUAGCCUUCCUGGAAAACACUACAAUGGUUCUUAUCAUUUACCUGGACACCCAACUCCACACCCCCAUGUACUUCCUCCUCAGCCAACUCUCCAUUAUGGACCUGAUGCUCAUUUGUACUACAGUACCCAAGAUGGCCUUCAACUACUUGUCUGGAAGGAAAUCUAUUUCUUUUGCUGGUUGUGGAACACAGAUAUUCUUUUAUGUGUCCCUGCUUGGAUCUGAAUGUUUCUUGCUGGCUGUCAUGUCCUAUGACCGUUAUGUGGCUAUAUGCCACCCUCUUCGAUACACCAUCCUCAUGAAUCAGAAACUCUGCAUGAUUUUGACUGUUGCUUCCUGGAUUCUUGGCUCUCUUGAUGGCAUCAUUGUGCUUGCAGCUGCCUUGUCCUUCUCUUACUGUAGCUCUCUGGAAAUCCAUCAUUUUUUGUGUGAUGUUGCUGCCCUUAUACCACUGUCAUGCACAGACACCUCUGUAUUUGAAAGAUUACUUUUCAUUUGCUGUGUGGUAAUGUUAAUCCUGCCAGUCUCUGUUAUCAGCAUUUCUUAUUACCACGUCCUUCGAGCUGUCAUCCGCAUGAGCUCUGAGGAAAGUCGCCGCAAGGCUUUCACCACCUGUUCUUCUCACUUGGCUGUGGUUGGACUCUAUUAUGGUGCCGCCAUGUUCAUGUACAUGAGACCAUCCUCCAACCAUACACCAAACCAGGACAAGAUGGUGUCAGCUUUCUAUACCAUCUUAACACCCAUGCUGAACCCCCUCAUUUAUAGCCUCCGCAACAAAGAAGUAUACCGGGGACUGAAAAAGUUAUUGAAGAAAGGAAAGUUAAUGUAA